CUUCAUAAUAUCUUAUAAUAUAUUACAUAUUAGCCUCAGAACAAUUUGUGGCAUGAGAUCCAUUAUGCGUUUAUGACAUAAUUGAAUAGAACUACUGAAUAUUCGUUUCAGGUCAACGACACCAGUUGUGAAGAAUGAAGAAUAGGUUAAUGAAGAGUGAAGUGAAAUCCUUGUUUAUUUGUUAGAAAUUUUUCGCUCCAACUAUGGAUACGUCGAAGAAAUACUGCAACCCUAGUCCAGAAAACAAUGCGAAUCCCUUGUCCAAACUUUUUUUUUGGUGGGUAAUUCCCUUCUUCAAACAUGGGUACUCCAACAAUCUGGGAAUGAAAGACGUCUACAAUACUCUGAAUUCUGAUAAGAGUGAGUAUUUGGCGAAUGAAUUAGAAAGAAACUGGAAGGAGGUUAUAACAGAAUCAAGAUUCAAGAACACUAAACCAAGCUUAUUGACCGCGAUCAGGAACACAUUUUGGAAGCCCUUCUCCAUAGUUGGAAUCGUUAUAAUGUUGAGAAUUGUCAUUUAUUCAUAUUUCAUGCCAUUGAUCCUUUCGGAAUUCAUUGCGAUCUUCAACGAAGUUCCGCGGAAUAUACGUAAGGGUUGUUACUUAGGAGUCACUCUGAUCUCUAUGAAUUUCCUCAACUGCCUCCUGGCUCAUCAAGGAAACCUCUACACCAAGAGGCUAGGAAUGAGAGUUCGAGUGGCCUGCUGUUCUCUCAUUUAUAGAAAAGUAAGUUGUCUUUUACCAUCACCAAACUCAAUUUCAGAGAUCACGCAGCCAGUCAAUUCGAUAUUGAGGCUUUCGAAUGGAUUUUUGAACUAUGAGGUCCUCAAACUGAACAAAACAUCGUUGGUCGAUACCGACGUAGGAAUGCUGGUCAACCUUUUGUCGAACGAUGUGAACAGGUUCGAUUUUGCAGCAUCAUUAUUUCAUUUCAUCUGGAUAAUGCCAAUUCAAGCAGUAAUUGGUACCUACGUUAUGUAUGACUUUGUUGGUGCGGUAGCUUUCGUUGGAAUUGGUGCUAUGGUGUUACAGGCUGUUCCCGUUCAAGGUUAUUUUUCUAGAUUGCAGGGAAAAUUACGAAUGGAAAUCGCUUCAAGAACGGAUAGCAGAAUGAAACUAAUGAACGAGAUUAUAUCCGGAAUACAAAUGAUCAAGAUGUACGCCUGGGAGAAACCAUUCGAAAGCAUGGUCGCCCAGCUCAGAAAAAGCGAACUACUGCUCAUAACCAAAACGUCCUAUAUCAAAGCUUGCUCAACGUCUGUCCAAGUUUUCACGGAGAGGGUGUCCCUCUACAUCAUCGUUAUAACCUAUGUUCUCACAGGAAACGAACUGACAGGAAGUCUAGUAUUCGCAAUGUCGCAAGCCAUCAAUUUUCUGCAAUUAGUUGUUUGCAUCAUGUUCCCGAUGGCUCUUUCGGCAUACGCCGAAGCGAAGGCUUCGAUUAACAGGAUAGAGAAAUUCCUGUCCAAAGAAGAAAGACAUGACAUAGCGAAUAGUUCUGGAAGUACGUGUCCGACUGGAUCUGUCAAGCUAGCAAAUGUCAAUGCUAGAUGGUUGGAGAAUAUUGAAACCUUGAUUGAUGUGUCUUUCGAGAUCAAACCAGGUAGCUUCUGCUGCAUCGUUGGUAGCGUAGGAUCUGGAAAAAGCUCGAUCCUUUUGACACUCCUACGGGAGAUACCGAUAACGUCUGGAAAAAUAGAUGUUGGAGGAACGAUGUCGUACGCUUCCCAAGAAUCGUGGAUUUUUGGCUCGGAUAUCAGGAGUAAUAUUCUCUUCGGUCAGCCAUUUCACAAAGAAAGAUACGAGAACGUCGUGGAAGCAUGCGCUCUGAAAAGAGACCUUCAGAAUUUCCUCCAUGGUGAUAACACCACCAUCGGUGAAAGAGGUAUGACUUUGAGUGGAGGACAGAGAGCUAGGGUAGGCUUAGCUCGAUGUGUUUACCGUGAAGCUGAUAUCUACCUAUUGGAUGACCCCUUGUCAGCAGUUGACCCUCACGUUGCUAAGCGUAUAGUGGAAAAAUGCAUCUUGGAGUUCCUUCAGGGAAAAACGAGGAUUGUUGUAACCCACCACAUUGAAUUUUUGAGUCACGCAGAUGUCGUUUUGAUCUUCAAGGAAGGAAAAGUAGAAAAAUUCCUGAAACCCAACGAACUCUCCAAAAACGAGCUGAAUAUCAUAAGACAGACCAGCAAUGUUGAACUGAAGGAAAAUAAACUUUUAGAAGAAAAAGCUGAGUCGAUGUUAUCUUUAGAGUCGUUGAAUUAUGAAAAUGAAAAAGAGGAAGAAGAAGAAAUUAAGACUAGAGAAACACAAGAACUGAUCAAAAAGGGCCUGAUUUCAUUUUCAGUCUACAAGGAUUACUAUAGAGCUGGAGCUAGUACGAUUAUUCUUCUUUUUGAAAUGUUUCUCUUCUUGACGGCACAAAGUUUCUGCAUCGGAUCCGAUCUCUGGAUUACAUUCUGGACCAAUAAUAUGGAUCAAUCCAAAAAGGAAAACCUAUCGUUACUGACAUUGAACUCAUAUAAUCAAUCGGCAGUCCAUCUAAACCCUAAUAACACUAUGAAUAACACAUUAGUAGACACUGUAUGGUCUUGGAUUCCCAACACCUUGAAUGAAGAUCUUUACAUCCAGGUCUACACAACUCUAAUCAUAUGUGGAGUCGUACUCACCGUUUGGAGAUCAAUAUUUUUCUAUAAAAUAUGUAUGAAGUCUUCGGAACAUCUGCACAAUUUGAUGUUCCUCAACAUAAUGCAAGUCAAGAUGAAAUUUUAUGACACCACAUCAUCAGGCAAAAUCCUGAACAGGUUUUCCAAAGAUAUGGGUGCAAUUGAUGAGCAGCUUCCAAGUGUCACUUUACUUUCGGUGCAAGUCAUCCUCAUCGGUAUUGGAAUCUCAACACUUGUAAUCAUUAAGUCUCCAUGGAUGGCAAUACCGACUGUAGUCAUAGGAGUUUUCGUCUUUUGGUUCAGGAAGGUAUUCCUUAAGGGUGCGCAAGAUGUGAAAAGAUUGGAAGGAAAAGCUAAAGGUCCAGUAUUCUCCUAUGUAGCUGCAACUUUGAACGGUAUAACCACAAUAAGAUCAGCGAAUGCUGAAGAAGUUCUAAAACGAGAAUUUGAUACACUACAAGAUCAGCAUACCGCAACAUGGUACUUGCUGUUGGUGCUCUUCGAUGCAUUUGGAUUUUUCCUGAACACAAUCACGAUAGUUUUUCUGUUCAUAUUAACAUUUCAGUCUCUCUUCGAUGCUAAAGCCUUAAGUGGAGAUGUUGGACUGAUAGUGUCGCAAAGUCUGAUCAUAAUUGGAGUAUUACAAUUGGGAGCAAGAAAUACUGCGGAUGUUGCUACCCAUAUGACUAGUGUUGAGCGUGUUCUCAAGUAUACUAAGCUGGACAAAGAGGGUCCCUUUGAAUCAAUUUGCAAACCACCUCCAUUCUGGCCUCAAGCCGGUGGCAUUAAGUUCGUUAAUGUUAACUCAACACUCAGUUUGGGAGAGCAACCAGUGCUCAAAGAUGUAAAUAUCGAAAUUGAACCAGGAGAAAAGAUUGGCAUAGUUGGAAGAACAGGAGCAGGGAAAUCCAGUCUCAUAUCAGCCUUAUUUAGGCUUAUCUCAAUCGAAGGUUCUAUCGAAAUUGAUGGAGUAGAUAUAAUGAAAGUAGGUCUGGUUGAUUUGAGAACUGGAAUCUCGGUUAUACCUCAAGAACCCGUACUUUUUUCUGGUAGCAUUCGUUACAACCUAGAUCCCUUCGGCAAAUGGGAUGAUCAAACCUUGUGGCAAGCAUUGUAUUGCGUGGAACUUCGACAUGCAAUAGAAAACCUGGAUAUGAAUGUCUCGGAAGGUGGUUCUAACUUCAGUGUUGGUCAACGACAACUAAUUUGUCUGGCUCGAGCAAUUAUAAGGGACAAUAAGAUUUUGGUUAUGGAUGAAGCUACAGCGAAUGUUGAUCCAACAACUGAUGCCCUUAUCCAGAAGUCCAUCAGAAAGAAUUUCAAGCACUGUACAGUUUUGACAGUGGCUCACAGACUCAACACUAUUAUGGAUUCAGACAGAGUCAUUGUUAUGGAAACUGGUAGGGUACAUGAAUUUGCAACUCCCAAUGAGUUGUUACAGGAUCCUGCAAGUCUCUUCAGUAAAAUGGUAGCCAAAAGUGGUACCGUAAUGGAAACUGAAUUGAAAAGGAUAGCCAAGGAUCACUACAACAGUAAAGAGCAAAGCUGAUAUAAACAUAAAGUCAAUCAAAUCAAGAGUUUUUGAAUAAAUGGAAAACUCGUC